AUGAGCCAAUGGAAGUUUUGGUUGAUAUGGAGCCUCGUCGGUGGAAUUCCCCUUGGACCUGAUGCAAUGAAAGUUUUGGUUGAUAUUCUAAUAAAACCAGAUGCUUUUUUGUGGAGGCCUACUAUUAAUAUGAGCCUUAUUCAACACGCUCAGGAUAAGAUAAUAGCUUGGCCUGCUGAGAGCGUUAUUUUGCAAGUUCAGCAAGAGUCUAAUGAACGAGACAACGUAUCUCCUAAUUCGAGUAACUCAAGGAACAAAUGCAAAUUGAUUGAUUGGAGGAGAGGGAAAGAUGAAUUGGUUGCAGAAGGUCGUUUACAUUCGGAUGACCCAAAUGCAUUAAUAAAUGAUAUUCCUCUUGGGCCAAACGCCAUGAUAGUUUGGGUGGAUGUUCCAAAAAGUCCUGAAGCAUGUUUAUGGCGGCCUACAUCACAUAUGUCACUUAUCACACAUGCAAUCAACUCUACAAUAGCUUGGCCUGCGGAUAAAGUCAUAAUGGAAUCGAAUUCAGAAAGCGAAGGAAAUACACUACAAGAAAAAGUAGCUUCAGGGACCAACAUUUGUGGUUGGUAA